CAACAAAAGCAAUCAUGCCGCCGUCGCCCGACGUCUCCGACGCGCCAGAACCCAAGCGCCAGAAGCGUACCUACAGAGCAUGCUACCCGUGCCGAGCGCGCAAACUGAAAUGCAACUUUGGCGACCCCGACAAGCCGUCGAGUGGGCCAUGUGCACGCUGCAUCCGCGAAUCGCGCGAGUGUGUGCGCUCCAUGCCCGCUGUUGUACGAUAUGCCGUUCCCAGUAACGCCGUCGAGCUCGAGCCGAGCGGAGGGCCGUCGUACCGCCGGGGCGGGGCAUCGCACCAUUCCCCACCGCCAGCAUCCCCUUACCACCCCUCCGACGUCGAGCGGGGCUACUCGCGUGCUGCAUCGCCCACCUCGCUAUACUUUCGCCCACGGGAGGCACCCCCGUCCCCUGCACCGGUCACGGCUGAUGAUGACGACUUUAACGAGGACACGGACGCGGCGCUGGUGUCGUCGCACCUCCAGAAUCCCAAUGACGCGCUUCGGUUACUCGCGAGUGCCAGUUCGCUGCGGUAUACUGCCCCCAAGGCGCCAGAACCCUCACCCAGCGCCAUCCAGGAUGUGUGGUCUCCCACUGCGUCGCCCUGGAUGCAGUGGGAGCCGGUGCUCGACGGCGCAUUGACCGAGCAAGAGUCACGGGCGCUGCUCAACUUUUUUGUGCUCCGCAUGUCGCCCCUAUACCCGCUGGUGCAUCCACACGUGUUUGAUUCGUCGUACCUCGACACCUUGGUUCAGGACGAAGGGCUACUGCUCGGCGCGAUCAUCGCGAUCGCGGCCCGGUACUCAGACGUCCUCACCAAAGGGCGAGCUCACCGGAUUCACGCCGACGUCUCUCAAUGGGUCAGGAGCGAGAUUUCUCGGCUGAUGGACGGCGACUUGACACUCAGGACAGUUAGCACGGUUGAAGCGCUGCUGCUCUUAUCCGAAUGGCCCAUGCUCACCGACUUUUCGCGGCGUCGCAAGGCUGCUUCCGAGCCAGACUCUGAAGAGGCUCGGCUGCUCCAGCCGAGCCAGCAGUACGACGCGUACUGCUGGACCAGUAUCGGCUCUGCGGUCAGACUAUCCCAAGAGCUGGACCUCAAGGCGGCAGUCUUCAAGCCGUCAGACAAACGCGGCGCGGAGGACUGGCAGCAGGACCGAGUCAUCAAGACGUGGAUCUAUUGCCUGAACGCCGAGCAGCACAUUGCCAGCCGUCUGGGCCGUAGCGCCGUGAUGCAACCCAGCAUGACCUCGCGCUGGUGGGAGUCGCUAGCGGUGCGGUUCGAAUCGGUCGUCCCCACCGACCGCUGGGGCUCUGAAGUCUUUGCAUUUGGCAACAACGCACAUAUCAUGGGCGCGAUCCAGCAGCACCUGUACUGGAGCAAGGAGAUCACGAACACACUCCUCCAGACGGGUGACUGGGAGGCAUUCCUUCGCAGCCUGCACCUCGACAUGCGGUACAUCCGCGACAAGUGCACACAUAUCCUCAAAAUGCACACAAUCGCGUCCGACUUGCUUAGCCUCGAGUUCCACUACGUCGUGCUGUACUCCAACUCGCUCGCGCUCCGCUCGUACCAGCAGCGUCGGCGACGCGCACUGGCGCGCAAAGACCCAGCAUGGGAGACGCCCUUCCUCCUCAACGCGGUCGAGGGGCCGUGGGUCUACGAGGCGCUCUCCGCGGCGCGCCAGAUCCUCGACAUCACCCUCAACGUGCUCGAGAAGCAGGGCAAGCUCCGUACUUGCCCGUCCCGGAUCUUCCAGCACAUCCUGUUCGCCACGACCUUCCUGUACAAGGCCCUCGCCGUUGGGGUCGUCCAGCACGGCAUGACGACGGUGAUCAGCUUGCUAGAUCGCACCGUCUCGGCGCUGCAGCGCGCCGCCAUUGACGACCAGCACUUUAUCGCCGGAUUUGCGGUGCUGCUGAGUCGCCUGGGAAGGCGGUGGAAGCUGCCACAAGGUGGUGCCCGGGAAGAGGCUGGGGCGCCAGACAGCGUGCUCUCCGAGCGCGAUGCAACCCGCCGUGCCCGGGCAGACGAACCGGUCGAUACCCAACCGGCGCCCCCUCCCGCUAUUCCAACACAGCCCGACCCAAGCCCCUUUACGAAUGUGGCAUUCAGUCCAAGCGAUCUCCAGGUGCCCCGCGGCCAGCAGUGGGACUUGCCGAUCGCGGAUCACCUGUUCGUCGACGUCGAGCAGCAGGAUGUGCUGUUCCAGCCCAUUUGGGAUGCACAGGCUGCCACGACCGUGUCGACGACGUCGGGCCUGUAUGCUACCCUCCUGGGCGACAUCUUGAAUCUCGAGGGGCCAUGAGGGCGCGGGCUAGCUUUAGCUGAUGGCGCUGAUGUGAGGACCAUAGUUGUUGUAGCACGGGAGGACGAGGGUGC